AAUGUACCUCGUGUCACUCCUUGGCCGUGAAGUAAUUGCCUCUCCCUACUCUUUCUACGCAUCGUAAGAGCUUGGAGCCAUGCCUGUUGAAUCUCGAUAUCCUCGAUUCGAAGUUCCGAAUUUAGAUCUUUGGUCUUUUCUGUUCGAGAGAAAAGACAGACCAUAUCCUGACGAUAAGGUAAUCUACAGAGAUGCGGAAUCUGACCGUGUAUACACAUUUUCUCAGGUCAAAGAUACAGCGCUAGACUUUGGAAAAGGCUUGAAAGCUGUCUGGGAAUGGCGCAAAGGAGACGUCCUGGGAUUAUACCUUCCAAACUGCAUUGACACCCCAGCAAUCACGAUGGGAACGCAUUGGUGCGGUGGAGUUGUCUCUCCUGCAAAUCCCUCAUACACAGUAGAUGAGCUUGCAUUCCAACUUAAAGAUUCUGGUUCCAAAGCAUUGAUUACGACACUGGAAUUUUUGCCAAACGCGAUUGCAGCAUGCAAAAAAGUGGGUAUCAUGGAACAAUUCAUCGCGUUAGCAGGAGAUAAACGCGAUCCAGAAGCAAAGGUGAAGCACUUUACUUCUAUCCGCAACAUCAGUGGCGCAACCAGGUACAGGAAGACCAAGGUGAAUCCUGAAAAGGACCUAGCCUUUUUGGUAUACUCCUCAGGCACGACUGGGAAACCCAAGGGUGUCAUGCUGUCACACAGGAAUAUCGUUUCAAACAUUAUUCAGAUAUCGUACAACGAAUCGCCGUUAGACUGGAAAGGUGGCCCAAGCAAUGAAGGAGACAAGAUUCUCGCAUUCCUCCCAUUUUUUCACAUUUAUGGUCUUACGUGCAUGGUUAUGCAAUCACUUCAUCGCGGACUGGAGCUCAUCGUUAUGACUCGAUUUGACCUGGAGCGCUUCUGUCAACUUGUACAGGCGCAUAAAAUCACGUUCACAUACGUCGCGCCACCGGUCAUGGUUGCCCUGGCCAAAGAUCCUAUCGUCUCGAAUUAUGACUUAUCCUCCUUGAGAAUGGUGAACUGUGGGGCCGCGCCACUAACCCGUGAACUUGUGGCACAAGUGCAAAAACGAUUUCAUUUACCUAUAAAACAAGGCUACGGAUUGUCCGAGGCUUCCCCAACUACGCAUGUCCAACCUUGGGAUGAAUGGGACAAGUCUGUAGGAUCGGUAGGAAAGAUGCUACCGAAUAUCACAGCAAAGUACAUUGAUCCUGACGGUAAGGAGGUGGGGGUUGGGCAGAUCGGUGAACUAUGUAUGAAGGGUCCGAACAUCUUUCAAGGUUAUCUCAAUCAACCGGAGAUGACAAAGUCAUCUUUCACAGAGGAUGGCUAUCUCAGAACUGGAGAUGUCGGCUAUCAAGACGAAAAUGGCAACUUUUUCAUCACCGACAGGGUGAAAGAACUUAUCAAAUAUAAAGGAUUUCAGGUUGCUCCAGCCGAGCUUGAAGGGCUGCUGCUUGACCAUCCGAAAGUUCAUGAUGUAGCCGUGAUUGGCAUCUAUGAUGAGACACAACAAACAGAGCUCCCUCGGGCGUAUAUAGUGCUCCCCCCACAAGUGGAAAAGUCGGAGGCUACGAAGCAGCAGCUUACUGACUGGCUGCAUAAUCGAGUUGCAGGACACAAAAAGUUACGUGGCGGAGUUUUUUUUGUUGACGAAAUUCCAAAGAGUCCCAGUGGAAAGAUUUUAAGGAGGCUGCUUAAGGAACGUGCACUCAAUGACAAGGCUAUGCUAAAGGCCAAGUUGUAGAAAAGAGGAUUUGGCAUAGAGAACGUACCAAUGCCCAGCAUGGCAGAGCCUUCAUGGUCAAAUUCUUAUUCUUGUUCCUUGUGAAUGCUGAUUGGGUUCGAGACAGGGUUGUGCUUUGGGAACGACUUUCAAGGUGUGCGAGCUGGCUGAUAAUGUAUGGCAACGCUUUAAGACAGGUAUUUUACGUCAUUUAAUACAUUUUCUAUCCUCUACCUGCACAUGACGACAAGCGCAUGGUUUUAAGACUUUCAUUUCGAUGAGGUUAUUGAAGUCCG